CAGGAAGUGCUGCACAUGACUGUCAGCUGGUUUGCGUCACGUGAGCAGAGCUUUGCGGAAAGAGGAAAAAUGUCAGGACUGAGGUGCUCGAGUGGAGUGAGAUUUAUGGCUUAUAUUGCCUUUUUCUCCACCCUUUUCACCACAGGGAGUACCGCUGCUCAAGUGCCUCUUCUAAUGUGGUCCAGUGACAGUCUACCACCACUGGCCUCACCUGCAGCCGGCCACAUCACAUCCAAUGACCAGCUGGCUGCCUACCUCACCUCUGCCUUUGGCUCUGGCCCCCACACUGUGCUGUUGUUCCUGCAGGACAAGUUAAGCAAAGAUGACUUCACAGUCUUUGGUGGAGUGUUUGGAAACAAGCAGGAUAGUGUAUUUCCAAACCUUGAGGCUGCAGUGCAGUCUUCUUCGUCAUCAUUGACGCUCCCUGCUUUAGAGUGGUCGGACUCCUCUGCCCUCCCGGCUCUGCUGCAAGAGAAGCUGGGCGUCUCGCCUCUGCUUGUAGACGCAGACACUCUGUCACAUCUCAGCAUCAACACAUCUGCCAGCAAUCUACUGCUCAUCAAUCUUCCUUAUUGCACUGGCGUGGACAAGUCUUGCAAGGAAGUCCUGCAUGACAAUGAUGAGAUUAUUGGGAAAGUUCUGAGUAUCAUGAAAGACAAAAAUGUCCCAUAUACCGCGAUAUACACAGGACUCAAGCCAUCUCGAGUGAUUUCAGAGAGAUCUAUGUCUAUCCAGCCUGCGGGGCGGUCCUUGCUCCAAACAGCUGCGCCCGAUGUCAAAGCGCCCAUCAUGUUCAAUGUUUCUGGUAACCCUUGCAUAAUGCUUUGGGCUCAGAAUCUCAACAUCGGCCUCUCAAAGGAUUCAGCGUGGACCGACCUUUCGGCACAAACACCUUCCUUGUCAGGAUCCGUGUGCAACGGCACCAACUCACUGCUUGUCCUCGUGUAUAAAAACGCUACACUAAGGUUUGCCAUGAGUCAACGUUUCUAUCCUGUGUCUGCACGGAACUGGUCCUCCUUGGACUCUGUGACACUGACAUCAAACGGUCUAACUGCAUCUUUUAUUGGGAGCCGCAACAUCUACGCCCCUGCAGAGUAUUCCUACCACUGCCAGUCUGUCACCAGCUUCCGAGAUGCUCUGCUUGUGCCAAACAACACCAACUCCAACACCACGCAGUGGAGGCUCAAUUUUAUCGACUUUCAGAUUCAGGGCUUCGGUUUGGCCAACAGAACAGAUUUCUCCUAUGCCAAUGACUGCGCAGGCUUCUUCACCGCAGGGAUUUGGAUGGGGCUGCUGACCUCACUGCUCAUGCUGUACAUUUUUGUGUACGGUCUGCACAUGAUCAUGCAGCUAAACACCAUGGAUCGAUUCGACGAUCCCAAAGGUCCAUCGAUUUCAGUGCCUCAGUCGGAGUGAAGCGUUCCCGAACACACACACACUCCUCAGCCCUUCAGUGCCUCCGAGGAGAGUCCCUCCUUGUCAUGUAGCUUUUGGUUCUUUUUCUUUGAAUAUAUUUGUCCGGCACAUGGACCUCUCCUCUGAUAUUCUCUCAUGUGUGGUUUUCUUUCCUGAAUCCUUCCACAGCUGUCUUUGGGAUACUGUUAUCUUGCAAGGCACAUUCCAUUUCAUCUCUACGCAUUUGAAAGUGCCAAAGUGGAUGCACCUUUUUAUAAGAGUUGAUUUUGAGUGCCAUGUGCUAAAAGAUGUUUUUGUGCCACUGUUGGCCAGACACUGGCUAUUUUCCCUCAAAUAAUUAGCAAUAAUUUCUCGUACUAGAGAAUUUCUUCUGUGCCAACAUGAAUGUGAUUGCUGGAUGCUGUAGGACCGUGUCAGACCUCAGUUCUUACUUUUUUAUUUUUCCAACUCUGUAAUUUAAAGACUACUGGUCAAGAAUGAAGUGCCUGUAUAUAAAGAGCAGAUUAUUGUUUGUGACUGUGUUUUGGAAUUGCCUUACAAAAAGUAUGCUGAUACUUCACCUUGGAUUAGACUAAUCCAACUCAAGUGCCACCACUUAAAUCCAAGAUUUUCUUGACAAGUAAUUUAUUUAUAUGAAAAGGACUGUCUCUGCUUACCCUUAAAGUUUACCUCUUGCUUGCUUCGGGUUCAUCAAAACAUGUUAUAACAGUGCCUCAGUUCUGCUUAUCUCAAACAAAUGAAUGUGCAAUUGCCAUGACAUGUACAUUGUCUUUAAUUGACAAUAAAGAUAUCUAUAAAUUGUGA